AUGACAUUAGGACUAUUUGAUCAAUUCUUGAGCCCAGUCUUUCUAGGAGUCCCCUUGAUUGCCCUUGCUCUUAGCCUUCCAUGAAUUCUUUACCCUCAGCCCACCUCCCGCUGAGUAAAUAACCGCCUCUUGGCCCUCCAAGGAUGUUUCAUUAACCGCUUCACACAACAAAUCUUUCAACCAAUCAGCCCGAAAGGUCACAAAUGAGCAGCCUUAUUUACAGCCCUUAUGCUUUUCCUCGUAACCCUAAACACACUCGGCCUCCUCCCAUACACUUUUACCCCUACGACACAACUCUCCCUCAACAUAGCAUUUGCAGUCCCCCUAUGACUAGCAACCGUAUUAAUUGGUAUACGACACCAACCCACCCAUGCUCUAGGCCAUCUACUACCUGAAGGCACCCCUGCCCCUCUAAUCCCCCUUCUUAUUAUUAUUGAAACAGCCAGCCUAUUCAUUCGCCCCCUCGCACUAGGAGUCCGGCUCACCGCUAACUUAACAGCAGGACACCUGCUCAUUCAACUCACCUCUACCGCCGUAUUUACACUUAUAUUCCUCAUACCCACGCUAGCUUUUUUAACUUCGAUUCUCCUCCUCCUCCUUACACUGCUAGAAGUCGCAGUAGCCCUAAUUCAGGCAUACGUCUUUGUACUUCUUCUGAGCCUCUACCUACAAGAAAAUCUUUAA